AUGCCUGCAUGCUCUACAUAUUGUCCGCCUACGUACCCUCCCCCUUCCCUUGUCCUUUUGAAAGUUUCCUGCAUAUUUCACCUCACCCUACCUUCACCCCAUGUCUCCGCGCUCUACAUCGUCCGCCUGCGCUCCGCACCGCCCGUCGCCUCAUACAGCGGCGGAAUCCCCGGCUUCCCGGCAACGGCCGUGUGGGGCAGCGACCCUAAUGGCAACGCGACAGAUGCCACGGCGGACGAUGCAGCCAACGGUGCCGAUGCAGCCAACGGUGCCGAUGCAGCCAACGGUGCCGAUGCUGCCAACGGUGCCGAUGCAGCCCACAGUACUGAUGCUGCCAACGGUGCCGAGUUUUCCUCCUCUGUGACUAGCAAUGGUGGCGUUGACGCUGCUUCUGUUGCAAGCAACGGUGGCGUUGGCACGGCUUCUGGUGAACCUGUCACCGCUGCGGCUGCUGCCGCUACCAGCGGUUCAGGAGGCACAAACCGUCGGUUGCGGCGGCCGCGGCUGAACGUGAGGGCGCCGGGCGUGAGGGCGUUCAAGCAGCUGCUGCAGCGCACGCAGCAGGCCGUGCUGAGAGACAGCGGGGUGGACGCAGGGAAGAUGGUGUACAGAGUCAUCUCUCCACUCGCCUCUAGAGUCAUCUCUUCACUCGCCUCUAGAGUCAUCUCUUCACUCGCCUCUAGAGUCAUCUCUUCACUCGCCUCUAGAGUCAUCUCUUCACUCGCCCCUAGAGUCAUCUCUUCACUCGCCUCUAGAGUCAUCUCUUCACUCGCCCCUAGAGUCAUCUCUUCACUCGCCUCUAGAGUCAUCUCUUCACUCGCCCCUAGAGUCAUCUCUUCACUCGCCUCUAGAGUCAUCUCUUCACUCGCCUCUAGAGUCAUCUCUUCACUCGCAGAUUUUGCCGUAUCAGGCGUCUCUAUCACUCUUGCACCCCUCACCACAACCAACUACGUGCGCGCGUCGAAAGACUUCUCAGUGGCCCUCUCUUUUCUUGUUUCCGCCACCCGCCCGCCCCUGCGCGCCUUCUCUCUUCUUCCCCUGCCCGCCCUCCCCUGCGCGCCUUCUCUCUUCUUCCCCUGCCCGCCCUCCCCUGCGCGCCUUCUCUCUUCUUCCCCUCCCCUGCCCGCCCUCCCUCUUCUCGCUUCUUCCCGUCUCAGCUACGUGCACGCGUCGAACGGCUUUGCAGCGAUCCUCACGGCAGCCCAGGUGCAGCGCAUGAGGCGGCACCCCUCUGUGGCGUCCGUCACGCCCUCUCGCACCAUCACACGCCACGCCACCUCCACCACCCCCGCCGACGCGUACAAGUCUCUCAACCUGCCCCACGCCCUCUCUUCUGCUGCUUCCGCUGCUGCCGCUGCUGCCUCUCCCGCUGAUGCCACUCCCACUGCUUCUGCCACUCCGGCUGGAGCGUCGAGCGACGGUGGCGAUGGCACGGUGAUUGGGAUUGUGGAUACCGGCGUGUGGCCAGAGCACCCCUCCUUUGACGACACCGGCUACAGCAGCACGCUCCCUGCUGGGUGGGCGGGCACGUGUCCCACUACAAGCGACUUCGCUUGUAACAACAAGAUUAUCGGAGGGGGCGUGUUUUACGCAGGCGUUGAGAGUGAAUAUGAAAGCGUGAACCUCACCCUCAACUGGCUGUCCCCACGGGAUUCUAGAGGCCAUGGCACAUGGUGUGCCGGGGACGUGAGAGCGGCAGCGGGCAACAGCGGGGUUGAGGUGCCUGGAGGGGGCACCAUCAGUGGCGUGGCUCCCAAGGCACGCCUGGCCAUCUACAAGGUGUACUGGCUUCAAUAUUCUUCGCUCUCAGAUGAAACGGACACCUACGGUACAUUCGCAGACGUCUUAGCAGCCGUUGAUCAGGCCGUGGCGGACGGUGUGGAUGUGCUGGCCGUGAAUCUGAUGCCCUUACCAGUGGAGGUCGGCAAGCGGAACUACUUCGACGACAUUCCUUUCCUCGGCGCUCUUGCGGCCGGAGUGACGGUGGUCCUGGCAGCGGGCAACAAUCCCAAGUCGACACCAACUUUUCACCAGUACUGGUUCGGGCAGUUACAUGUCGUCAAGAACUCUUCACCCUACUACAUCAGCGUGGGGGCCAGGCUACCACAUGCUCUUCGUUCAUGCACUUCUCCACGCUCUCCUCCCUCAUCUCGCAUCUCCUCCCUCAUCUCGUAUCUCCUCCCUCAUCUCGCAUCUCCUCCCUCAUCUCGCAUCUCCUCCCUCAUCUCGCAUCUCCUUCCUCAUCUCGCAUCUCCUUCCUCAUCUCGCAUCUCCUUCCUCAUCUCGCAUCUCCUUCCUCAUCUCGCAUCUCCUUCCUCAUCUCGCAUCUCCUUCCUCAUCUCGCAUCUCCUUCCUCAUCUCGCAUCUCCUUCCUCUUCUCGCAUCUCCUUCCUCAUCUCGCAUCUCCUUCCUCAUCUCGCAUCUCCUUCCUCAUCUCGCAUCUCCUUCCUCAUCUCGCAUCUCCUUCCUCAUCUCGCAUCUCCUUCCUCAUCUCGCAUCUCCUUCCUCAUCUCGCAUCUCCUUCCUCAUCUCGCAUCUCCUUCCUCAUCUCGCAUCUCCUUCCUCAUCUCGCAUCUCCUUCCUCAUCUCGCAUCUCCUUCCUCAUCUCGCAUCUCCUUCCUCAUCUCGCAUCUCCUUCCUCAUCUCGCAUCUCCUUCCUCAUCUCGCAUCUCCUUCCUCAUCUCGCAUCUCCUUCCUCAUCUCGCAUCUCCUCCCUCAUCUCGCAUCUCCUCCCUCAUCUCGCAUCUCCUUCCUCAUCUCGCAUCUCCUCCCUCAUCUCGCAUCUCCUUCCUCAUCUCGCAUCGCAUCUCCUUCCUCAUCUCGCAUCUCCUUCCUCAUCUCGCAUCUCCUUCCUCAUCUCGCAUCUCCUUCCUCAUCUCGCAUCUCCUUCCUCAUCUCGCAUCUCCUUCCUCAUCUCGCAUCUCCUUCCUCAUCUCGCAUCUCCUUCCUCAUCUCGCAUCUCCUUCCUCAUCUCGCAUCUCCUUCCUCAUCUCGCAUCUCCUCCCUCAUCUCGCAUCUCCUCCCUCAUCUCGCAUCUCCUUCCUCAUCUCGCAUCUCCUUCCUCAUCUCGCAUCUCCUUCCUCAUCUCGCAUCUCCUUCCUCAUCUCGCAUCUCCUUCCUCAUCUCGCAUCUCCGCCCUCAUCUCGCAUCUCCUUCCUCGUCUCGCAUCUCCGCCCUCAUCUCGCAUCUCCUUCCUCAUCUCGCAUCUCCUUCCUCAUCUCGCAUCUCCUCCCUCAUCUCGCAUCUCCUCCCCCAUCUCGCAUCUCCUUCCUCAUCUCGCAUCUCCUUCCUCAUCUCGCAUCUCCUUCCUCAUCUCGCAUCUCCUUCCUCAUCUCGCAUCUCCUCCCUCAUUUCGCAUCUCCUCCCUCAUCUCGCAUCUCCUUCCUCAUCUCGCAUCUCCUCCCUCAUCUCGCAUCUCCUUCCUCAUCUCGCAUCUCCUUCCUCAUCUCGCAUCUCCUUCCUCAUCUCGCAUCUCCUUCCUCAUCUCGCAUCUCCUUCCUCAUCUCGCAUCUCCUUCCUCAUCUCGCAUCUCCGCCCUCAUCUCGCAUCUCCGCCCUCAUCUCGCAUCUCCGCCCUCGUCUCGCAUCUCCGCCCUCAUCUCGCAUCUCCUUCCUCAUCUCGCAUCUCCGCCCUCAUCUCGCAUCUCCUUCCUCAUCUCGCAUCUCCUUCCUCAUCUCGCAUCUCCUCACUCGUCUCGCAUCUCCUUCCUCAUCUCGCAUCUCCUUCCUCAUCUCGCAUCUCCGCCCUCAUCUCGCAUCUCCUUCCUCAUCUCGCAUCUCCUUCCUCAUCUCGCAUCUCCUUCCUCAUCUCGCAUCUCCUUCCUCAUCUCGCAUCUCCUUCCUCAUCUCGCAUCUCCUUCCUCAUCUCGCAUCUCCUUCCUCAUCUCGCAUCUCCUUCCUCAUCUCGCAUCUCCGCCCUCAUCUCGCAUCUCCGCCCUCAUCUCGCAUCUCCGCCCUCGUCUCGCGUCUCCGCCCUCAUCUCGCAUCUCCUUCCUCAUCUCGCAUCUCCUUCCUCAUCUCGCAUCUCCUUCCUCAUCUCGCAUCUCCUUCCUCAUCUCGCAUCUCCUUCCUCAUCUCGCAUCUCCUUCCUCAUCUCGCAUCUCCGCCCUCAUCUCGCAUCUCCGCCCUCGUCUCGCAUCUCCGCCCUCAUCUCGCAUCUCCUUCCUCAUCUCGCAUCUCCUUCCUCAUCUCGCAUCUCCUUCCUCAUCUCGCAUCUCCUUCCUCAUCUCGCAUCUCCUUCCUCAUCGCGCAUCUCCUUCCUCAUCUCGCAUCUCCUUCCUCAUCUCGCAUCUCCUUCCUCAUCUCGCAUCUCCUUCCUCAUCUCGCAUCUCCUUCCUCAUCUCGCAUCUCCUUCCUCAUCUCGCAUCUCCUUCCUCAUCUCGCAUCUCCUCCCUCAUCUCGCAUCUCCUCCCUCAUCUCGCAUCUCCUUCCUCAUCUCGCAUCUCCUUCCUCAUCUCGCAUCUCCUUCCUCAUCUCGCAUCUCCUUCCUCAUCUCGCAUCUCCUUCCUCAUCUCGCAUCUCCGCCCUCAUCUCGCAUCUCCUUCCUCGUCUCGCAUCUCCGCCCUCAUCUCGCAUCUCCUUCCUCAUCUCGCAUCUCCUUCCUCAUCUCGCAUCUCCUCCCUCAUCUCGCAUCUCCUCCCCCAUCUCGCAUCUCCUUCCUCAUCUCGCAUCUCCUUCCUCAUCUCGCAUCUCCUUCCUCAUCUCGCAUCUCCUUCCUCAUCUCGCAUCUCCUCCCUCAUUUCGCAUCUCCUCCCUCAUCUCGCAUCUCCUUCCUCAUCUCGCAUCUCCUUCCUCAUCUCGCAUCUCCUUCCUCAUCUCGCAUCUCCUUCCUCAUCUCGCAUCUCCUUCCUCAUCUCGCAUCUCCUUCCUCAUCUCGCAUCUCCUUCCUCAUCUCGCAUCUCCUUCCUCAUCUCGCAUCUCCUCCCUCAUCUCGCAUCUCCUCCCUCAUCUCGCAUCUCCUUCCUCAUCUCGCAUCUCCUUCCUCAUCUCGCAUCUCCUUCCUCAUCUCGCAUCUCCUUCCUCAUCUCGCAUCUCCUUCCUCAUCGCGCAUCUCCUUCCUCAUCUCGCAUCUCCUUCCUCAUCUCGCAUCUCCUUCCUCAUCUCGCAUCUCCUUCCUCAUCUCGCAUCUCCUUCCUCAUCUCGCAUCUCCUUCCUCAUCUCGCAUCUCCUUCCUCAUCUCGCAUCUCCUCCCUCAUCUCGCAUCUCCUCCCUCAUCUCGCAUCUCCUUCCUCAUCUCGCAUCUCCUUCCUCAUCUCGCAUCUCCUUCCUCAUCUCGCAUCUCCUUCCUCAUCUCGCAUCUCCUUCCUCAUCUCGCAUCUCCGCCCUCAUCUCGCAUCUCCUUCCUCGUCUCGCAUCUCCGCCCUCAUCUCGCAUCUCCUUCCUCAUCUCGCAUCUCCUUCCUCAUCUCGCAUCUCCUCCCUCAUCUCGCAUCUCCUCCCCCAUCUCGCAUCUCCUUCCUCAUCUCGCAUCUCCUUCCUCAUCUCGCAUCUCCGCCCUCAUCUCGCAUCUCCUUCCUCGUCUCGCAUCUCCGCCCUCAUCUCGCAUCUCCUUCCUCAUCUCGCAUCUCCUUCCUCAUCUCGCAUCUCCUCCCUCAUCUCGCAUCUCCUCCCCCAUCUCGCAUCUCCUUCCUCAUCUCGCAUCUCCUUCCUCAUCUCGCAUCUCCUUCCUCAUCUCGCAUCUCCUUCCUCAUCUCGCAUCUCCUCCCUCAUUUCGCAUCUCCUCCCUCAUCUCGCAUCUCCUUCCUCAUCUCGCAUCUCCUUCCUCAUCUCGCAUCUCCUUCCUCAUCUCGCAUCUCCUUCCUCAUCUCGCAUCUCCUUCCUCAUCUCGCAUCUCCUUCCUCAUCUCGCAUCUCCUUCCUCAUCUCGCAUCUCCUUCCUCAUCUCGCAUCUCCUCCCUCAUCUCGCAUCUCCUCCCUCAUCUCGCAUCUCCUUCCUCAUCUCGCAUCUCCUUCCUCAUCUCGCAUCUCCUUCCUCAUCUCGCAUCUCCUUCCUCAUCUCGCAUCUCCUUCCUCAUCGCGCAUCUCCUUCCUCAUCUCGCAUCUCCUUCCUCAUCUCGCAUCUCCUUCCUCAUCUCGCAUCUCCUUCCUCAUCUCGCAUCUCCUUCCUCAUCUCGCAUCUCCUUCCUCAUCUCGCAUCUCCUUCCUCAUCUCGCAUCUCCUCCCUCAUCUCGCAUCUCCUCCCUCAUCUCGCAUCUCCUUCCUCAUCUCGCAUCUCCUUCCUCAUCUCGCAUCUCCUUCCUCAUCUCGCAUCUCCUUCCUCAUCUCGCAUCUCCUUCCUCAUCUCGCAUCUCCGCCCUCAUCUCGCAUCUCCUUCCUCGUCUCGCAUCUCCGCCCUCAUCUCGCAUCUCCUUCCUCAUCUCGCAUCUCCUUCCUCAUCUCGCAUCUCCUCCCUCAUCUCGCAUCUCCUCCCCCAUCUCGCAUCUCCUUCCUCAUCUCGCAUCUCCUUCCUCAUCUCGCAUCUCCUUCCUCAUCUCGCAUCUCCUUCCUCAUCUCGCAUCUCCUUCCUCAUCUCGCAUCUCCUCCCUCAUCUCGCAUCUCCUCCCUCAUCUCGCAUCUCCUUCCUCAUCUCGCAUCUCCUCCCUCAUCUCGCAUCUCCUUCCUCAUCUCGCAUCGCAUCUCCUUCCUCAUCUCGCAUCUCCUUCCUCAUCUCGCAUCUCCUUCCUCAUCUCGCAUCUCCUUCCUCAUCUCGCAUCUCCUUCCUCAUCUCGCAUCUCCUUCCUCAUCUCGCAUCUCCUUCCUCAUCUCGCAUCUCCUUCCUCAUCUCGCAUCUCCUCACUCGUCUCGCAUCUCCUUCCUCAUCUCGCAUCUCCUUCCUCAUCUCGCAUCUCCGCCCUCAUCUCGCAUCUCCUUCCUCAUCUCGCAUCUCCUUCCUCAUCUCGCAUCUCCUUCCUCAUCUCGCAUCUCCUUCCUCAUCUCGCAUCUCCUUCCUCAUCUCGCAUCUCCUUCCUCAUCUCGCAUCUCCUUCCUCAUCUCGCAUCUCCUUCCUCAUCUCGCAUCUCCGCCCUCAUCUCGCAUCUCCGCCCUCAUCUCGCAUCUCCGCCCUCGUCUCGCGUCUCCGCCCUCAUCUCGCAUCUCCUUCCUCAUCUCGCAUCUCCUUCCUCAUCUCGCAUCUCCUUCCUCAUCUCGCAUCUCCUUCCUCAUCUCGCAUCUCCUUCCUCAUCUCGCAUCUCCUUCCUCAUCUCGCAUCUCCGCCCUCAUCUCGCAUCUCCGCCCUCGUCUCGCAUCUCCGCCCUCAUCUCGCAUCUCCUUCCUCAUCUCGCAUCUCCUUCCUCAUCUCGCAUCUCCUUCCUCAUCUCGCAUCUCCUUCCUCAUCUCGCAUCUCCUUCCUCAUCGCGCAUCUCCUUCCUCAUCUCGCAUCUCCUUCCUCAUCUCGCAUCUCCUUCCUCAUCUCGCAUCUCCUUCCUCAUCUCGCAUCUCCUUCCUCAUCUCGCAUCUCCUUCCUCAUCUCGCAUCUCCUUCCUCAUCUCGCAUCUCCUCCCUCAUCUCGCAUCUCCUCCCUCAUCUCGCAUCUCCUUCCUCAUCUCGCAUCUCCUUCCUCAUCUCGCAUCUCCUUCCUCAUCUCGCAUCUCCUUCCUCAUCUCGCAUCUCCUUCCUCAUCUCGCAUCUCCGCCCUCAUCUCGCAUCUCCUUCCUCGUCUCGCAUCUCCGCCCUCAUCUCGCAUCUCCUUCCUCAUCUCGCAUCUCCUUCCUCAUCUCGCAUCUCCUCCCUCAUCUCGCAUCUCCUCCCCCAUCUCGCAUCUCCUUCCUCAUCUCGCAUCUCCUUCCUCAUCUCGCAUCUCCUUCCUCAUCUCGCAUCUCCUUCCUCAUCUCGCAUCUCCUCCCUCAUUUCGCAUCUCCUCCCUCAUCUCGCAUCUCCUUCCUCAUCUCGCAUCUCCUCCCUCAUCUCGCAUCUCCUUCCUCAUCUCGCAUCUCCUUCCUCAUCUCGCAUCUCCUUCCUCAUCUCGCAUCUCCUUCCUCAUCUCGCAUCUCCUUCCUCAUCUCGCAUCUCCUUCCUCAUCUCGCAUCUCCUUCCUCAUCUCGCAUCUCCGCCCUCAUCUCGCAUCUCCGCCCUCGUCUCGCAUCUCCGCCCUCAUCUCGCAUCUCCUUCCUCAUCUCGCAUCUCCGCCCUCAUCUCGCAUCUCCUUCCUCAUCUCGCAUCUCCUUCCUCAUCUCGCAUCUCCUCACUCGUCUCGCAUCUCCUUCCUCAUCUCGCAUCUCCUUCCUCAUCUCGCAUCUCCGCCCUCAUCUCGCAUCUCCUUCCUCAUCUCGCAUCUCCUUCCUCAUCUCGCAUCUCCUUCCUCAUCUCGCAUCUCCUUCCUCAUCUCGCAUCUCCUUCCUCAUCUCGCAUCUCCUUCCUCAUCUCGCAUCUCCUUCCUCAUCUCGCAUCUCCUUCCUCAUCUCGCAUCUCCGCCCUCAUCUCGCAUCUCCGCCCUCAUCUCGCAUCUCCGCCCUCGUCUCGCAUCUCCGCCCUCAUCUCGCAUCUCCUUCCUCAUCUCGCAUCUCCUUCCUCAUCUCGCAUCUCCUUCCUCAUCUCGCAUCUCCUUCCUCAUCUCGCAUCUCCUUCCUCAUCUCGCAUCUCCUUCCUCAUCUCGCAUCUCCGCCCUCAUCUCGCAUCUCCGCCCUCAUCUCGCAUCUCCGCCCUCAUCUCGCAUCUCCUUCCUCAUCUCGCAUCUCCUUCCUCAUCUCGCAUCUCCUCCCUCAUCUCGCAUCUCCUCCCUCAUCUCGCAUCUCCGCCCUCAUCUCGCAUCUCCUUCCUCAUCUCGCAUCUCCUUCCUCAUCUCGCAUCUCCUUCCUCAUCUCGCAUCUCCUUCCUCAUCUCGCAUCUCCGCCCUCAUCUCGCAUCUCCUUCCUCAUCUCGCAUCUCCUUCCUCAUCUCGCAUCUCCUUCCUCAUCUCGCAUCUCCGCCCUCAUCUUGCAUCUCCGCCCUCAUCCGGCGUCUCUUCUUGCCCUUCUCAUGCCAACCAACACCCUCCCUGCCCCACCACGCAGUACCGUGCCUCAGGCCGCCUUCAUUUCAAUGUCAACAACAACAACAACAACAACAACAGCAGCAGCAGCUGAACGAGCAGCGUCAGAAUCUCCUGCAAACACCACAGGCCCAACAGCAACAGUAUUAUGCCCAUUAGCAACAGCAUGCCCCCACAUGUCAGCACUGGUGGGAACCGGACUUCCUGCCACCACCACCCCUUCAGCAACUUCCUACCCGAGGGUUCCCGAAUGGUCCGCGUCCGGCCCAGUCAUGAUGGCCCAGUGCACCAUCUGCCACCCAAGGAAGACUUUCCCCUCCAACGCCAUUCUCAAGCCGGACAUCAUAGCCCCGGGACUCAACAUCCUUGCCGCUGCUCCCGGGGCAACCGUCGGCGAGACGGGGUCGUUCAUGGCUCGUAAGAGCACGGCCGUGGCGGCGGCGCAUAUUGCCGGUGUGGCUGCUCUGAUCAUCCAGCAGCAUCCUGAUUGGACGCCUGCAAAGGUCAUGUCUGCAAUGAUGACGACAGCGCGCCGCACAGACAACAAGAAGAAACCUAUUAGAAAUCUACAUGGGAAGCCAGCCACGCCGUGGCAAAUGGGAGCGGGGCAUGUGUUUCCCGCUAGUGCGCUUGACCCUGGGUUGACCUAUGAUGCCGGGGAGCAAGAUUUCCGCAACUUUCUUGCUGACGUGAGCAUGAAAAGGGCUCGACAGACGUUCGGACAGGUCCCACUGACACCCGUCCCAGCCAGGAACCUGAAUCGUCCUGCUAUCUCGCUGGUCAACAUAGCGAAUAAAGUUACCGCUACACGGACUGUGACGAGCGUCUCAGAUACCACGUCGACCUAUAGGGUGAGGAUAAAGGCCCCCAAGUUUGUGAGUGUGAGAGUGGUGCCUUCAAAGUUUACCAUAGCUCCUGGGGAGCGAGUAAGAUUUGGUGUCAAUGCGUGGUGUGUUGUGCAAUGUACUUCUCUCACCUUCUUGCUGUUACUGUACUACUUGGCGUAA